UUCACUCCUCCUCACCGGCCAGACCUUGCCUCUGUUCUGUGGGGGAGAGAGGCGGGACCUCGAAGCCGGGAAGGGCGUUCUCUUUGCGGUCAUGCCGGGCAGAGUCAUCCCGAGGGGUGGGUCCUCCGGCAGCAGAAAAGGAAAACCCACCUUUUUUCAUUGUUAAGGACGCGCUGGAAUGUGAUGGUUUGAUCUCAAAACGGGCCCAGGGAGGGGAAUAUCCGAGAGGAAAGGACCGACGAAAGCGUAGUAGGGAAAAGGGGGCAAACUAAAAGCGCAGAGCCCGCCGUCGCCUCCAACUCUCCGGUCGUGUCUAAGAGUAUGUGGAUGAACUUGCCCUCGCCGUGUCGGCAGCAGCAGCGAGUCCCACCGUCCGCAUGAACUCAAACCGUGGGAAGUUGUGGAUUUACCGUGGCGCUUUUCUGACUCGGCGGUGGAGCCGCUAAGGAUGGAGACUUUGCAGAGAGGAGCCUAACGUGCCACAGACAUAAGGUUACAUCUAAAAUAUGACAGAUUCGCCUGCUAAACACCACUCUGAGGGAUCUUCAAAGUUUUAAAGCGACAGUCACGAAAAGAAAACGAGACAGACCGCCAAGAGAAAAGAGUAUUUCCUCAAGAGCCUUAAGGACUUGAUAUCACUACCACACAAAUGUGGACCUCCCAAAACGCUAUCAUCAAGUAAUCUGAAUAAAAACAAAAAUAAAACCGAUAAAACAUAAAACUUUGUAGCCAUGUCUGAUCAUAAAGACAUGACACAUCGUCACUUGCGGCACAAGCUACAAAGUCUUGGCCGAAGACUGGAUGAACUUGAAGAAGCCACCAACAAGCUGCAGAAGUCCGAGGAUGAGCUGCUUGACCUGCAGGACAAGAUCAUCCAGGCAGAGGGCAGCAACUCAUCUCUGCUUGGCGACGUGGAGGCCCUGAGGAAACGUCUCCUGAAGAUCCAGGGUAAAGAUGAAGAGGUACGCAAAGCUGAGGACCUCUGCCGCACAGUCAGAGAGAAACUGGAGGAGGAAGAAAACCUUACAAAGGAGCUAAAGGCUGAGAUUGAACGUCUACAACGGAGAAUGGCCGAACUGGAGAAACUGGAAGAAGCUUUCGGGAAAAGCAAGUCUGACUGCAGCCAGCUCUGCCUCAGCCUCAACGAGGAGAAGAACUUGACCAAGAAGCUUUCAUCUGAAUUGGAGAAUCUCAAAGCACGUCUGAAGGAGGUGGAGGGGUCUGAGACAAAGCUGGACAGAGCAGAGCAGGCUUUGGCUCUUGAGCUUGAGAAACUCAAGGGAUUCACCCAGACAUUUGUGACUGAGCGUAAGAGGCUACUAGAGAAACAGAGAGAGGAUGAGAAUAUCAUUCUAAAGCUGACAGAAAAACUGGAGCACCAGAAGAAUCGCCUUGGCAUUACAGCGGACUCUGGCCGGGCAGAUUUCAUGCGGUCACGAAUUGAAGAUGAGCUGUCAUCCACAGGGAUCCUCACCGGUAAACUGACUGGAAACAAGAAGAACCUUGAUUACUUCAAGUUGCCUGGUGACAACAUCAGUCUUGUGAACAAAUCUGAAAAUGAGAAGAACAGCGGUCUUGAAGGCUCACAGGAGGAGGACAACAAAGUAAAGGAGUUGACACAGGAAGUAGAGAGGCUGAAGAAUCGCCUUAAACAGCUAGAGAUAGUGGAGGAGGAUUUGAAGAACUCAGAGUCCAAAAAUGUCGAACUUCAUGAAAAGUUCCAGGUGGAACGAAACCGGGCUCGCCAACUGAGUGAGCAGGUGGAACAGCUCAGGAUGCAGCUCUGCGGAAAAGGUGGGAUUGGAGGAAAUGGAACCAGUAAUGUGGAUAAACACGGCACUGGAAGCAGUAACAUUUGCCCCAACAGGCCUGCUAACGUUCUGGAGAAUGGCAAAGCUGAGAAUGAAGAGAUUAUUGUAAAGGGUGGAUUCAGACAAGAGAAACCUAAAUAUAGGAGUGCUGCAACAGUCUCAGAACCAAGCUCCCCCAAACACAGGAACAGGGAGCUCUCUCCUCAGCAUAAGAGAGAGACUAAGCUGAGGAGCAAAGAGCUGAUCCACUCUGAGGAGAACUCUCCUAAGUCUGUGAGGAGAGCCCUCAGUCCUUCUCACAAGAGCAGGAGAACACCCAAAACCCCAACUACUGCUAUUUCAUCUGAUAACGGAAUAAGAGAUACAGGACGAGGAACUGAGGAGAAGACGAGAGGAGCCACAUGCAGCUCUGUAAAUACAUCUAGUGAUAUUAAAAAGGUGUCUGUUCUUAGUCGCUACCCUCCAGCUGCUAAUGACCAGAAGCCACUGAGGACACCUCACAAACAGACUGAUGGGGAGACAAAAAAGAGCAGAGUAGAAAAGUUUUCAAAAUUGUACGUACGUAGUGAUAGCGAAUCAAACAACUCUGAUGUAGUGCCUGACAGCUCCAGUAACAUCAACAGUAUCUCUGCACUAGAGAAGGACACAGCGUGUGUCUCAGAUCAGGAAUCAAUAGACCAGGUCCAGGAAUCUGUCUCUGUUGCCUCCACCCUGUCCAAAGCCAAUGGAUCAUACACAGCCUACAGAUCACUCGUCACUCCUCUGCAGCCCAACGACCAGGGGUCAGAGGGUCAUUCCUCUGCCUCAGAAACAGAAUCUACUGGUUCAAGGCCCUCUGAACCAGAGCCUCUGACUGAGACGACUACUGCAACCAUAAGCAGUAAGACUAAAACCUCCAGAUAUCCUAGAUACUCCCAUGUCCAUGACUCACAUCCAGAGGGCUCUUCUUCCAGGAGCUCGUUUGAUGAGGAGUUCCACAGCAGAACACAGUUAGCGGAGGGGGGCCACCAGGGGCCUGUGCAUACUCCGGCGGGGAUUGAGAUCCAGCGAUUGUGCAGCCCACGUGAGGCGUUGAGGUCAAAAGCUGUCAUCAAGCCUGCUAUUGUUGAGAUUGAUAGGAAGGAAGUGAUGAUUUCAGAACCUUUGUCUACCAAUGGCAAACCCAAAAUCUCCACCAAACCGAUUGUGACCACGACUAGUAAAAUGACCAGCAGUAUAACCAUCUACCCCAACGACCCGAGCUCUUCCAGAACCAGCAGCCGCAGCAGCAGUGUGUGCAGUGAACCCAUGCCUAUCAAAGAACGCCACACCUCCACCAGUAACAUCCUCAUAGGCCCCAGCAAUGACCACCAUGGCAGUAUUUCCGUCCCGUAUGAAAUCUCCAUCCCCAAGAGUGAGAUCACCUUGCGACCGUGCCAGGACCAGGACUGUGGGGCAGACAACCACAGUGAUUCCUCAUCAAGGUCCAAACUGCACAACACUUCCAGAGUGGAGACCACCACCAGCCAUCUGUGCUGCCAACGCAGCAACUUCAGCCUCCAGUCCUCGGACACCACGUCCGCAGACUUCAACGACACAGAGUCAGGCUUCGAGAGCAGCAGCAGCAGUACCACCACGGUCACCAGCUGGAGAAGCCAAAGACAAAGCCAGCACUCCCAAGAAGACAGUUUACCAGACAUGAAGAAUGUGACUAUGAGAAGCACCUGGAGGAACAGAGGCACUGCGUCAGUGGAUGAAACAGGUCGGGGAAGAGGGACUACUAGGACGAUGACAGAUGGUGGUUCUGAAGACGAAGCUGAAGCUGCAACAACAUGGAGGGCUUACCGGGCAACCACUUUCGACACAGAAGAAACGGUAAACAGUGGCACAGGAGCUGGUGGCAAUGCUGCAGCACAGAAGGGAGCCAAGCCAUCCCCUGCAGAGGUGUAUAUGCGUAGGAUCAACAGUGUGGUUACUAACACUAGAGAAGGGGAGGAACCACUGCUUCGCCGAGGCAAGCGCUCUCAGUCUCCAACUAUAGAAACAGGAGGCCUAGGAAGGACCAUACCCCACGCACCUGUGACCUCUCAGUCCUGGAGCCGAUCAUACACACAACAACCACUGGCUGCUGAUAGUGUAGAUCCCAGUCCAAACCCGAACCAAAGCCCAGCCUCCUGGAGACGACAGCUACCCAGUAGCGAGUCACACUCCCAGGGGGGCUCUCAUGACCGGGCAUCCAAGGCAGCAGGGGCCUCCUCCAGAGGAGGGGAGCUGUGGUCCAGAGGUCAAGGGUCAGGGGCCAGAGCGGAGGGAAGGAAUGGAGCGGGGAGCCGAGCAUGGAGCCAUCGUCAGAGUGAUUAUCAUUAGACCACUUGGGUCUGAACAGGACUUCUACAGCAAAGAGGACAGCACUCCAUUAAGCUCUCAACGGCAAAAGCAGAGCCAAACACCAGUCUCCCAUCAACUAAUGGCUACACCCAUUACCAGCAUCUCCAACAGACAACAUCUGCAGCUUUUAUUACAAGCAGAGAAAAGAAAAAUAGCAGUUGCAAGCAUAUAGAACAACAAACCACAGAUCUUACACACUGAGCGUACACUGAGAUGUGGAUGGCUCUUCCAAUCCAGAACUUUCUCUGUUCCAAAAAAAAAGGCAUAAAUGGAAAGAGAGUGCCCUUUACAGCGUUGUGGAGGUCGCCUAACCAGCCCCUGUAUCCUCUUCUGCUCCUUGUGCUGGAUGUAUUAUAGUGUAAUCCCGAAAUUUGACAAGGGAGAGGCUGGCAUGCUGGGGACGGCUGGAGAUUUUCCUGCGUGCCAGAGCGGGUUUAAAGAGAGUUAGAGGAAGAAGGACUAAAACAUGGAGAAUGCCUUUCUCAGAGGACCAUUACAGCUCGAUAUGUGGCUUUUGAAUCAUAAUUUCGACCUUUUUUGAUUGCUGAAAACCCAACCUGCAGUUAACACCAGUGCAAUGUUAAAGAUCCAUCUUCAUCUUACAGGGCUGGAUCUUCAUGCAGAAUACUUCACAAACUAAAGGAUUUUUUUCCUUAAAUGUGACCAAAAACAGGAAGCGAUUUACCCUCUUUGCAGACCUGUAUCAUAAUACUCCCUUUUUCUUACUGAGGUAAUGUUUGCUUUGAGAAUUCAGUCAGACCAUCUACUUUUCUUUAUGAUUUUCUCACAACAUAAAUACACAAACCAUACAAACAACUGCACAAACAACAAGCAAACACAUGCACAUUUCUAACUUUGGGUUUAUUUUUAACUGGUCACCACUUUCUGGCAUGCAGUGACCUCAAACUGGAAUUAAUUUUGGGUCUUAGAUGUUGAGUGAACAUUUGCAUGUUUCUAAGUAAUAAAUGAAGAGCACUUGAAAGAUUGUGACUCAGCAUGCACUCUGCUCAAAGGAUUGCUGGUUGGCUGCAUUUUAGGAGUGCGCAAACACACACACACACACACACACACUCACACAUUAUUUCUGACAGCCCGGGCCCUUAUUUUUACUUUUUGCCAUUUUUUUUUUUGAGUCUUUGUAAUUCGUUUCCUGUUCUUCAUCAUCCUUUCCCUUUCUGCUCAACCAUGUCAAGACAAAAAGAUCGUAAAAUGCAAUGCACAAGUAGAAAAAAAAAGAAUGAUUGGGGUAAUGGGGGGGGCAUUGUUUAUAACCUCAAAUCAUGCUACAGUUUCCAUGGUGCUUUGUUUUACAGCUGUUGCAACUGUCCUCAUUCAUGUAUUUUGUGAGAGCCAUAGCAAAAUGGAGUUUCUGUUUAAUAUGAACAUUGGACUUCGGAUUACCAGCAAACCUGGCCUGGCAGGACGGACAUUUUUUCACUGCUGCUGUAAAUACUGUGUACACGCCAGCCAGUCAUAGCAAAGACACAAGGGGGUUGGACAACAAGGAACUGUCAGUCCAGCUUGUAUGUGACUGGGUUCGCCGUGCGAAUCGUCCCAGCUUUCUCUGUUUCUUAUUUCUAUAGAGGUGUAUUAUUUUGUUACAUCAUAAAUAUCAACUUGUGGUUGGUAUGUUGGAGCAAACUCUCAUUGGUGGGGGUCAUAGCAGCAAUGGGGGUGCCAUAGAAACUGAUAAAGUAGUGGCCAGUAAGAAAUAAAUAGUUUUCAUUGAGGUAAAUGGUGCAUAUCUAUGACAGAAACCUCACUGACAUUGUUAAACUUUUCCGCAAAGUUUAAGUCUUUCAGCAGGCUCCUGCUGGAUUUCAGGUUUAACACACAAGAGUAACUGCAGUAUGACACAUGAUGUAAACUUUGAUCCCAGAAUAAAAUGUAUGAACGUUGCUAAGGAAUGCAGCUGAAUGACCAAUUGCUUGAUGGCUUGAUGCACCAAUCCAACACGACAGCGUUGUUUGUCUCCUGAAUCUCCAAAAUGACAGACAAAGUAACAUAACCAUAACUGUGACAACUCUGAACACAAGGGAUCUGCUGAAGAAGCCUGCUUUCCAUCUGGUUGUUCUGGUGUUGUGUUUUUAAGUGCUGUUGAGUCAGACCCUUCCGGGGGAUGAACUGUUUCAGUCUUAGUACAUUUCUCAGUUCUCCUGUGUUCUACCAGCCGCCAUCUAGCUGUAAUAUUUAUUAGUCUCUAUAUAUGUACAGGUUCUUUUAUUGUGAAGAGGUCUGCCUGGUGGUAGGAGCCCAGUCUGUCGCCGCUUUGUCACUUUACUGUUUAUGCAAGCAGGAGAUUAUAUGCAAUCAAACUGUUCCCCCAUGCGAUGUCUGUAACUAUAAUGUAUGAUCACCAUGCUGAUCAUACAGAUCACAGGUGGUGUAGUGAUAAGUCCAAACUUAAAUGUUUGUUUACCUUCAGAAUGCACAUUUUCAUUGAUAUUCAUUUUCACUACUUUUACCCUUUGCUAGAAAUGUCAACAGUAUGUUCAUCUGUGCCUUUAGAUGCAGUAAGAAAGGUAUUUUGUCCCAACAAGUUUAGACUUGCGCCAUAUUCUUCCACUCACUGAGCAGAUAAAUGACAUGUAGUACUGAUUGUAAGAUUACUUUUUUUUUUUUUUAACGUUCGCAGUGAUUGUUAUAUAUGGAACAUUGUAAAAGUAUUUUGGUUCAAGCGGAAAAAGACGUUCUCCGUGGGGAACUCUUCCCUGAGGGACGUCAAAACAAGGUUCCCAGAAAAAGCUGUUGUUUUUUUUUCUAACCCAACUUUAAAGUACCCUUUUAAAGAAUAAAGACUGCACCACCCAAAAAGCUAUGUACUCUAGAUUUGUCUGUCGCAGGAUGCAGCUCAGCUUCAGAGAGGAUUGCCAUGUGGCCUCUUUAUGGCCACUGCUGGCUUCACGGUAGUGCAAAAACAGACCAGACACACUGUUCAGAGCUCUUCGUGCUCAUGCCGAGACUUGAUGAUCAUAUAGUCCUUCUGUGCUUUCUGUUUUGUUUUGUUUUUUUCAACUACCACUCUUACCAAGAGGAAAUGCCAUCUCUUCCCCAGUCUCUCAUCAAUUUUCCUCUUAGUAUUUCAGAGAAGCCUAAUGUCCGUUUCCUCUCAUCCUCGUUCUUCCUCUGGUUCUCUGCAUGUUCCUUGGAUUCCCCUUUCCUAAAGGGAAAGCCAUGGACCUAAACGGUAUUGAUAUGUGUCAUUGGUUCAGAGAGUUGUUUUAUUGAAGGCCAGCAGCCUGUCACCAGAGAGUGAUGGGCAGCUCCCUGGGUAGCUGAAAGGUCAGAGGUCAGGCCUGCAUCUAUUCCUGUCUCUUCGUGUUGGCUCAGGGCUUCUAAAUGCAGGAGAGAGAAAGACGGACAGCUUGGCAGUGAUGUCCACUCUAGGGAUAAUUAAAACAGACGAGGGUAUCAAAUGUCCAGUUCUGCCAGCACUCAUGCUGCCAGAGACGCACGUGGUCGUCCAUCGGUGUGUGUGUGUGUGUGUGUGUGUGUGUGAGGGAGUAUCGUUAUUAAUAUGUCAGUGAGGGCUUUUGUUCAAAGCUCGACAUGUGAACUGGUGUGUUGUAAGCUCCUGCAGAUCCCUGAGUAAGAAGGUGCUGAAUGACACGUGCACGUGUGUUUGUCAGAGUUGGCAUGCAGAGCCGGGGAUUAUUUUUUAUUUAUCUUUGAGGCUGACAUCACUGUGGGUCAGGAUUACUGUAUAUAGCAAUUUGGUGAUGCAAGUGCUAACACCAAUGCCCGCCUCAACCCCCAUCCUGCCUUACUGCUUCCAUAAAUUUUCUUGUCACUUCUUUCCCUCCACCUAAUAAAUGAUACUCUACCAUGCAGACAAUCUAACAGUUUCACCCGUCCUUACUACAAAUAAACAAAACAACUACUACUAAACAACUAAACCUCUAUCAUUUGAGUGUCUCUUUCGCUUUCUGUUAUUCUUUCUGGCCUUGCACACUUAAACUUUUUUCCUCGCCCCCUCACCCUGAAGAUAGUACUCGAGUUGGGGGUCCCAGGAAGAGCCCAGCUGUCGGAGCCUGUAGGUUUUAUGACAUGUUGGAAGGUUUUCCUCCUGGAGACCGGCUUCAAAGAAAGCAGGGCUUUUAAAAGGGCAAAGUUGAAACUCCAUCCUCCGCUACGCACGCUGCCUGUCUUCCUUACAAGGCCCUAAAGUACACUAACACCACCUCCAACUCGACUGUACAUCACUCCAUCCAUUGAAACCUAGCUGGACUCUUCAGAAUAAAGACCAGUUGUGACUUUUGGGCAUCAUGCCCCUACUCACAUGUUCCAGAUCUUAUUCGUUGCUUCCAGUGGUGAAAGCCUGCAAAGUGUUGACAUGGUGGAAUGUACUGACUGGUCAUCUGGGACUCUAGUGAAGACUUUACAGGUUUCAAGGCUUCAAUGGCUUUUGUGGCGCUAUAAAGAAACAGCUGGUUGCUGUUUCAUAGUUUUGUCGGUUCCUCUGAUCCGUGAACGAUGGCAGCUUUGCAAACCAUUUGUUGAAUCAGAGAAUCCGUAUGAUAUCUUCUUGAUAGUGCACAAUAUUUCGGCCGGGCUGUGGAUGAUAUGAUUGAAAAUUUCUACAAGGAGAAGAGGUGGUUAAGCAGUGGAGAGAAAAGAGGCCGCUUCUGCUUUCCUGCUUAAGUACCAGCCAAAGACCUAACAGAAAUCCUCUAAAGCUCUGUUGGUGUAUGUAUAAACAUCCGUUAUUUACAAGUCAUUGUUUUUUCCCUUUUGUAAAGUAGACUAGAAUGUACUUAGUGGAGAUUGGAGUUGCUCAGCAGAAAUGGCUCUCAGGCAGCAAGCAGGCCCUUUCCCUCAAAGGCCUCCAUUGUGAGGCCAGGGUCAUGGUGUCAUUGGGUGGCGUAGGCUUUAAUCUGCACUUAACCAGCACUUAACUUUAAGACCUCAAACGACUAAUGCCCCCUUUAGUCCCCUUUGUCAGAAAGUUUCCUUUUUUCUGUCCCAGAAUUGUACUUUAAGUCUGUUUUACCACAGUCAGGUAUGUGUUUUUGCACCAGCCAAAUUAGAGUAUUUAAGAAUCGUCUCAUCAGUUUAAAAAUAAGGAAAUUGGCUUGCACUCAGUGAGUGAAUCGUGUCUGAACAUAUUUCUUGAGGUAUGGCACCCUGUUAUGCCUGCAUCUCAGCCUUCUAACAUAGUGCCAAAAUCAUUCCACAGUAUUUCCAGUUUACAGAGAGAGACAGAGCCAGUGUUUCCCCAAGAUGGAUACCCUGUCUCUAAAAUACUGAAAUAAAGGGGAAAUAUUCAAUUUGAGGGCUUUCUUUUUUUUUUUUUUUUUCUGCUUAUGUAUGUUUUUAUUUCUUUGUUAAACAAAAGAUGUCUUAUUUUGGAAGCUAUAUCGGAUAGAUUUUAUUUAAGGAAAAUCUUGUACUUUUGUAAAGUGGGCCUUAUUAUUGAAAUAUAUUAAGUAUUUGUCCAUCUUGAUUUUAAGAAUGAUAUUUUUUGCAAGGUAAUGUAUCUUCCUCAAUGUUAUUACACUCCUGGAGAGUACUUCUUCCUGUAUUUUGUGUUUGUUAUUUUAAUGCGAGACAUUUCUCAUGACCUGGAGACAUGAUGACACACCAUGGAUGAGAGAGAGAGACUGCUUAAAAGAGAGAGAGAGAGAGAGAGAGAGAGAAGCCAGGGUUGUGUCAUAGUCAUUGAAGAAAGAGAGCUAUGUGCAUUUUAUCAGAGCUGAGCAGGUCUGCAGUGCUGAGUGGUUCACCAUGUGUCUUCCCGAAUUUUUUUUAUCGGGUCCCAUUCAGCGCUCCGGCCUCUUUGCUGCUAUGUUCUCCCUCGCUCAUAAAUUCAGGGUUUGUACAUCUUCUGUGCUGUAUGUUUGUAAGUGCUGCCAAAGAAAGAAGCAUGCAGGCCCCAGACACACGUGUAUAUAUAAACACACACAAAUAAUCUAAUAGGAGUAAUCGAAUAGGAAAAGACAGGUAUAACUGGAUCUCAUCUCUCUUACACACAUACAUGCACAGACACAAUUUGAGGCCUGUACAAUCCACUGUUUCUGAUGAUCUGUGUUUAUAAAUUUAUGUGCAGAAGACUGACAGACAGAGGUGUCAAACACAAAAAUGUAUGCAAUGAAAUCGGAUCAAAAGGAUUUUAUGAUUUAUUAUUGCUUCUCGGUGUGUCAGUAAUGCCAGGUGGACUUUGUCGGGAGGCUGUUCUUUUUUCUGUUUUAGACUUAAUACAUUGUGCAUGUUUUAACCUUACUGUGGCUGGCGCACUCUGCAUGUAGGUCUCUUGAAGCUGCCAACUGUACAGCAGACCAUAUGUAUUCCAAUAAAAAUAAAAACCAACCUGUUUGUAACACGUCUCC